UCGUCACUCGAUAAAGCUUCGUCGCCCGCAGCUCUUCUUUAGCUACAGAAGUUGUAUAGCAGCAGCUGCUCUAGGCUGAGGUGUAUCUGCUACUGUGAUCCUGCGCAGGGAAAAAUGACUCUGAACUUAGGUUCAACUUGGUUUUCCUCCCAUCUCACCCACCCCAAUCCUCAUUUCUCCAAGAUUUCUGUGAUCUCGUCCAACAGCAGAAGUGCUUUCUUGAUUCUCCUCUUCGGAAGGUACAAUAAUGAGAUAUCAGCUUUCAAUUUCAAGCGCCUGCUCUGCUAUUCCUCCACCUCCUCUUCUUCUCAUUCGGGAGACCUCAGAAUCCGCGCUUCGGUAAGUGACAGAGCAGACGGAGACGCUGAGAAGUCUGUAUCAGGACUGUUGGACGAGGAAUUGCUGGGUCAGGUUUCAGGCGCUAAAGAUGCUGACGAAGCCUUGGACAUGAUCGCUCAAAAGUCUAACAGAGAUGGAGGCGUUGUGGGAACAUCCGAUUGCUGUUCAAUUAUAACAGCCGCACUCGACCGCAACAAUGCCGUCUUGGCACUGUCUGUUUUUCACGCCAUGCGUUCGAGCUUCGAUCAACGUGCAAAUGAAAUGGAUCCUGUUGAGAGAUGGAAGUGGUCCAGGCCGGAUGCUUACACUUAUGCAUCUUUGGUUCGGGGCCUUGGAGCAUUAUUGCGGGUUUCUGAUGCUAUUAAGACACUAACUGAUGUUUGCCGGGUGGGGGUUUCUUCUGGGGAGGAGGUCCCUUUUGGGAAGCUUGUGAGAUGUCCUAGAUGUAUGAUAGCUAUUGUUGUUGUACAACCCCAAAAUGGCAUUCAGAUUGCAUCCUGUUCCAAGUGCCGCUAUCAGUAUGAGCUUGUUUCUGGAAAUAUCACUAGUAUCGAGUCGGAAGAAAUCAGCAUGGAUAUUCCACCAUGGGAAAGGGGCCUGAGGUUCCUGAAAGUAAUGAAGCAAAGCACUCCUGCAGCUGUGCAUUCUAUUGUGGUCCAGACUCCCACUGGCACUGCUUGUACACACAGGUUUGCCACUGAAACAGUUGAACUUCCCGCACAACAGGGGGAAAGAGUAACCAUAUCUCUUGCUGCUCCAUCAUAUGUGUAUCGGAAGGUUGGUCCAUUCCAAUUAAGCCCAAAAGCUCCCGAGUUCAAACCGGGAGAGCCCAUUUGUCUAACAAACCACAAAAAUGGCCGGGAGUUCCAGUUGCUGAGAGCCCCUGCAAGGAGUGGAAGUUUUUCUUUGUAUAAUCCCUCCGUCCUCUUUCCAAUUCUUGCUUUGCUGGCUACUGGAGAUGCUGCCUCUGGAAUAAUUGACCCGAACUUGCCCCAGUACAUUUCUGCCGCUGCCAUUGCAUCAUUCGCUCUUGCAACUACCAUCAACACUGUAGUUUUGCCCCAGUUGAGUCAGCUCCCUGAGAGGACAGUGGAUGCAGUUGCUAUCAAACAAAAACUUUUAUCUCAGUAUGAUGUACUUCAGGUCCGGAUUAAUGAUUUAAAAGAAGCUGCAGAAAAAGAGGUGUGGAUGUUGGCUCGAAUGUGCCAGUUGGAGAAUAAAAUUUUAGCUGUUGGAGAGCCUUCUUAUCGUGCUCGGAGAAGCAGAGUAAAAAGGGUACGUGAAAGUUUGGAAAAUUCCCUCAUGGCACGAAUUGAACUUAUUGACAGCUAUGCAAGAAUUUCUUCAAUGAUUGAAAUUGAGGUGGAAAUGGAUUCGGAUGUUCUUGCUGCUGAAGCUGUGAGCAACGCGGAGACUAUUGCAGAACAGAUACAGCAAAUAAUGGAGUUAGAAAAUCUUGAAGAGAGAUGGAGAAUACAAGCUGAGGCAAAUGAUGAAGCAGAGAGACUCCUCAGUUUUCAACCAGUGCCUAUGGAACAUGUCCAGGACAUAUUGUGCUUUGUAUUACAGUCGACCAUGGCGAAAAACAUUUUAGUUACUGGUGGUGCUGGGUAUAUCGGCAGCCACACGGUUCUUCAGCUCUUGGUUGGUGGAUUUAAAGCCACCGUUAUUGAUAAUCUAGAUAACUCAUCGGAGGUCGCCGUUAAAAGAGUUAAAGAACUCGCCGGUGAAUUUGGAAGUAAUCUCGUCUUUCACAAGAUUGACCUGCGGGACAAACCAGCACUGGAGAAACUUUUUGCUUCAACGAAUUUUGACUCUGUUAUUCACUUUGCUGGAUUGAAAGCUGUUGGUGAGAGUGUUCAGAAGCCAUUGCUUUAUUAUAAUAACAACAUUAUUGGCACCAUUAAUCUCUUGGAAGUCAUGGGAGCACAUGGGUGCAAAAAGCUUGUGUUUUCAUCAUCUGCUACUGUGUAUGGAUGGCCAAAGGAGGUUCCAUGUACAGAAGAGUUUCCCCUAGAAGCAACCAAUCCAUAUGGACGAACCAAGCUUUUUAUUGAAGAAAUAUGCCGUGAUAUCUAUCGUUCAGACUCUCAAUGGCAAAUCAUAUUACUUAGAUACUUCAAUCCAGUUGGUGCUCAUCCAAGCGGUUAUAUAGGUGAAGAUCCCCGUGGAAUUCCGAACAAUCUUAUGCCCUUCGUACAGCAAGUUGCUGUGGGCAGAAGACCCGCGCUGACUGUUUUUGGAAAUGACUACAGCACAAAGGAUGGUACUGGGGUACGUGAUUAUAUUCAUGUUGUUGACUUGUCAGAUGGACAUAUUGCUGCCUUACGAAAGCUAUCUGACUCUAAUAUAGGUUGUGAAGUUUAUAACUUAGGAACUGGAAAGGGAACAUCUGUGUUGGAGAUGGUUGCUGCAUUUGAGAAGGCCUCUGGAAAGAAAAUACCAUUGGUUAUGGCUGAGCGACGACCUGGUGAUGCUGAGGUAGUUUAUGGAUCUACGGUGAAGGCAGAGCGUGAAUUAAACUGGAAAGCGAAGUAUGGGGUUGACGAGAUGUGUAGGGAUCAGUGGAACUGGGCCAGCAAGAAUCCCUAUGGUUAUGGAGCUCCAGACUCUACUAAUUGAUUAAAAUCUGGUUGUAACAAUGUUCUGACAUUAUAGCAACCCUACACCUUAGUCCUUAGUCCUUAGUCCUUAGUCCUUAGUCUGACCUCUGCAUCCUGUGGUUCUUUUCCUCCCUUUUAACCUCCUCUCCCCCGACCCCACUUUCCUGUUCCUGGGGUUUGAGUAGCAGGGAUUGAUGAUACCAGCUUCAUCCAAAUCUUCUGUAGGAAUAAUGUGGUGAUGAGCUCUUUCACCAUUACUUGCUACUGCAUUGUUAAAAAGAGAGAUGUUCUGCAAUGCAUAUGCAAAAAGCUUUCCUGCAAUCAUGUCAUUAUUCAGAUGAAUAGGAAAUUUCAGAUAUAUAGAUCAUGAUAAAGACCUUUGUGAGGUGUA